AUGGCCGCAAUCAGCGCCCUCCUCUCCGCGCAGGGCGGGCUGGGGUACUUGGCCAUCCAUGCUGGGCAGUUUGGAGCGCAACCGCUCCUGUCUAAGCGCUUUGUAGCACCGGGCACACCAGCCGCAUCCUUGGUUUUGGGUGCGGAGGUAGCCAAGGUGCUCGGCUGCAUGGGGAUGCUGAGAGCAGAGGGUCGCAUGGACGAAGCGCUACGAGAUUGGUCCUUCCAGGGUUUCCUCCUUUCGGCUGGGAUCCCAUCCUUGACUUACUUGGUGCAGAACCUCUGCGUUCAGGUGGCCUAUCAGAAACUGGAUGGGAUCACAUUCAACAUCCUGAACCAGACAAAGAUGCUCUUCACCGCCCUCUUCGUGUACCUUAUAGUCGGCCGACGGCAGUCGGCAGUGCAAUGCGUGGCAUUGGUCUUGCUGGCGGCUGCAGGGAUGUUGGUAAGCCUCUCUGAGGCAUCUCAGGUGUCGAAGACUUCAAGAAGCGCUGAGAGCCUCGCAAUUGGCACAUUUUGUAUACUUCUAGGGUCCGCCCUGAGCGGUCUCGGUGGUGCCAUUGUCGAGUGGACGCUGCAGCGGAAGCGGCGGGACAGUUACCUGUUCAGCUCAGAGAUGGGCAUCUUGGGAUGCGUGAUCAUCGUCAUCACCCACCUGAUGAAUGCCUCUCCGGGAGACGAAGGACUCUUCCAGAGGUGGACUCCGCGGACCUUCAUACCCGUGAUAUCCCAGGGAUGGGGCGGCAUUGUUGUGGGCCUCAUUGCCAAAACCUCGGGCAGCGUGAAGAAGGGAUUUGCGGUGAUGGUCGGACUUAUCCUGUCCUGUGUGCUGAAGUGGUUGGUGGACGGCGAGUCUCUCCAUUGGUCAACGAUCGUAGCAGUUCCGCUGGUAGCCACGAGUAUAUAUCUGCACGCGAAGUAUCCGCCGCCGAAGACGCCUGCAAAGCAGGCGUAG